AUGGCGUCCUCUUCCUUCCCGAAAAUAAUUUGUCGAGUCAGGGCGAUCUAUCCAUUUUACUCUGACGAACCAGCGUCCCUGAAUUUCAACAAAGACGAUUGUAUUGAUGUGCUUGCCCAGCUUGAUUCCGGCUGGUGGGACGGAUGGUGUGGCGGAUCGCGCGGUUGGUUUCCAAGUAAUUAUGUCGAAAUCAUUGAAGGGAACUCUGAAACAGCCGUGAGCAAUAAGCAGCAACGACCCCCUGCAGCUGCGGCCAGUUCAGCUGCAAGUGUAGCACGGCCUGAACAACAACAACAACAACAACAACAACUACAGCAGCAGCAGCAACAGCAGCAACGACGACGACGGGCAUCGAAAAGACACAAUAGUGCCGGUCAACGUGCAUCCAUCCGCACACUUGGCGGUCUCAAUACCAAACACCCCUUCUCAGUAUCGCCACCUAACAAUGCACCAACCAGUUUUGGCUGGACAGCAAGCAACCGUAUGAGUCAAGCUAGUUCAGCCGACUCGCUCCCUGACGGCUGGUCAGUUCAAGUCGCUGAAGACGGCUCAACAUACUAUUAUUACAACCAUCGAACGGGCAAAAUGCAAUACGAUCAUCCAGGCCAUGUUUCCGAUGGCGAGUAUGACAGCCAGGAAGAUUACAACGAUGGACAGUCCAUGAUGGAUAGCUAUUCAGACGAAGAAUAUUACGACGAAUAUGACGAUGACGACGAGUUUCGUAACAACUUCAACAAUAACCGAAAACGGCUAUCGAGUGGCAGGAUGAAUCGGCUGAGUAUCGAUUCAUUGCCUGCCAAUGUAGAGACACCUGAAACGACGAUCUCUGAUGGUACUGGUGGCGGUACUGUGUCCAAUGCUAUGUCUCAAUGGGUCGAGCGGGUAACUCCUCAGGGGCGAACAUAUUAUUGUAACCUGACUACCCAAGAAACAACGUGGGAUUACAACGAAAUCGACAAAAACACUGGAAGACUAAAAAACGCCAAGGAUUCCGAUUCAGAUCUCGACGAUGCAGCUGGCCAACCACAACAUCGCGGGGUCAACUUCCCGGAUACGUUCGAUCUCCAUGACGGCGAAGCUGAUAGAAACGCAGCAGAGAACGCCGAAGAGCCGUUGACAUGGCAGAAGUUGUCAAGCAACAUCGCGCUGGCUAUUCAUCAUUUGAACACCGCAGCACAGCGCGGGGAACGAGAAACGUUUGUGCAAGAUGCAUCAUCAAUUGUCAUCGCUAUCCGGAUGAUGCUGUACGCUUCAGGAACGCUGGAUAAGGAGUCACCGCACAUGCAAGACCGUCUUUUGCGCGAUCCUCACCGAGCAGUGAUGGCAGCUUUGUCAAAGCUCGUUCUGUCCGUUAAAACGGCAGCAGAAGUGUCACCAACUACGAUGCAGCCGGAAAUGCUCUAUCGUGUACAACGAGACGCAGGCGAUGUACUCGCAUCAGUCCGCAGUUUUGUCACAGUUUGUCAAGAAAAGCGUAUCCGUGUCGAGCAGGUAAAGCCCCAGCUAUUGAUCGACACGCAUCAGCUUGGUAUUACGCCGAAUGGAAAUCUCGCGCACGAAAUUGCGAUUCCUUCACAUCAGCAACAGCAGCACCAAGGCAAUAGCAACAAUGAUGUUAACGACAGUGACAAGGACAGCCGACGGGCGAGUGUAGCAGAUCGAUACAACCAGGGACUGGUACAGAAGGCGAAAUAUCCACUCAAUCAGGAUCUGAUUGUCAGCUUGCAAACCCAUGCGAAUCAGGUAUACGGCUCAACAGACGCACUAUCGAAAGCUGCAGCAUUCAUAUUGACGAUUCGCGACGAUGAAAGGAACGAUGCGGACGACGAGAAUUACGACGAUAUGGAACGCGUCCGCAACAGCAGCCGAGCACGAUCCAACGUGGUGAUUCUGUUCCGUAACCUGUCAAUGCAGAUUGGCCAGUAUCUCAGCAUAUUGGAAGACGUCGAUCUGAGCAGCGUGGAUGGCACCAGAAUACCGUCGCUGGGCGAAUACCGCGUCAACAAGCAAAAAUUGUACAAUGCCGUCGGCUAUUUAUUUGCGGCGGUACAGACACUCAGCAGUGACGACGUCAAUGUGGCUCAAUGUGUGACAGGCAUUGACAACGCUGUCCAGUCGGUAGAAAACACGAUCGGCCUUAUUUUUGCCAAUGUGGAAGACAUGGUGCAGCAGCGCAAGAACUAUUUUAGACAAAUGGAGCCACGGGACAAAGAAGUGCCGAUGUCACCCGUGACCGCCAGCGGCCCCUACGACGAGAUUAUGAUUCCCAGCAACAGCAACGUCAAUGACAAGGACGACGAGUUCACCGCGUCGUCACCAGUUUCUAAAACGCGCAAGGUGCAGCUGACAAAUCGCAGCAACGGCGAUCGGACACAGUGGUGCCUCGGCUAUGACUAUGCUCCAGAGGAGAUUGUGUUUGUGUCGGACGGCAAUGUCAAGGGCGGUACUUUGCGGGCGCUUGUGGAACGCUUGACGUUGCAUGACACGCUGGACACGAGCUUCAUUGCUACGUUUUUGUUGACAUACCGAUCGUUCUGUACAACUGAGGAAUUUUUGACGUUAUUGGAGCAACGUUAUAACCUUCGACCCACAGAGGGUCUGACGCCGUAUGAGCUCGAGACCUGGACCGAGCAAAAGCAAAAGCUUGUCCGUUUACGUGUCUUUAACGUCAUGAAGAGUUGGCUUGAGAACUACUACAAUGACGAAGACGAGUUCAUUCUCGGCCGGCUCGAGUUCUUCACCAACACAGUCAUCCGUGACGCGUCGUCAUUCUCGGCAGACCAGCUGAAUAGACUCAUCCGCAAGCGCAAAGAGCUUGAUGCCAACGGUGGCUUAAAGAAACUCGUACCCAACGCAAUGGCAGGCCCACUGCCGAUCAUGCCCAAAGAUAUCACGCGUCUUACGCUUAUGGACAUCGAUCCUACGGAGCUUUCUCGGCAACUGACUUUGAUGGACUUCAAGUUGUACAGCAGCAUCCGACCCAUCGAGUGUCUAAACAAGGCGUGGUCGCGCGAGGACACCGAAGGAACGGUAGCAAUGAAUGUUAAACAGUCGAUUGACUACUGCAACCGCCUCACGUGCUGGGUAACAGACAGUAUCCUGGCAAAUGAGGAAGCCAAAAAACGUGUCGUGGUGAUCAAAUACUGGGCUCAAGUCGCUUCGCGCUGCCGAAGUAUGAACAAUUACAACACGUGUAUGGCUAUCAUUUCAGCUUUCGACAACAGUGCCGUUGGCCGUCUGAAAAAGACCUGGGAGCUCGUGGGCAGUCGAACAACACAAGGUUUAGGCAACAUUCGGAAGCUGAUGGGCGCAAACCGCAACUUUACAGAGUACCGAGAAAUGAUCCACUCCGUGAACCCACCCUGCAUCCCGUUCUUGGGCAUCUAUCUACAGGAUUUAACAUUUAUCGAAGACGGCAAUCCAGACUACAUUCACAAAUCUGCCCGCUUGAUCAACUUUGCCAAGCGACAAAAGGCCGCAGAAGUUAUCCGAGAAAUCAACCAGUUCCAGUCACCUCCAUAUACCUUCACCACCAUCCCAGAACUGCAAUCAUUUAUCAAGCAGCACCUGGAAAGCAGCCGGGAUCUCGAUAACUUAUACGAACGAAGCUUACAACUCGAACCACGAGAAUCUGCUGCUUAA